UAAUAGUGUUAUUAUAAAUAGAAAGUCGAGAGUUUGAAAAACCAUUUAGUUAUAAUGCAGAAUCAACACCAUAAUCAACAACAGAAACUUCAACUACAACAAGGUUCUCAAUUUUCUCCUACUCUCCCUCAGCCGGAAAUAAAUUACGGGAGAAAUAUGAAAAACUCUUGUGACUGUUCAAAAAUGGGCAAGGAUGAACGCGAUCCAGAAAGAUGCGCCUUUUGUAAGAACGAUCACUAUAAUAUAUCAAAUGAAUUGAAUUCGCAAGGAAAUCAAGUUAUGAACGAAGUUCGAAAUGAUUACGAUCAAAUUCCUAUAAAUGUGCAAAUGUAUACGAACCUAACAGCGAAUCAAGUAAAUCACCAUAUGAUGAAUCAGAUGAAUCAUCAAAUUCAACCCCCAGUCCGAGAACAACCACCACCACCAAACACAAUUUGGUUUUAUAAUAGAAAUGAACCAUAUUAUGAAUUCACCAAUUUCAAAGAAGGAUUUCCAAUAAAGGCAGCAAUUCGAGAACCCUUUCCCGGAUCGCCACCGGAUAUAAAAUCAUGGGCAACAAGUGAGCAUCUAUUUCAAGCAGCAAAAUUUAAAAAUACGCGUCCAGAAAUUGCUGAUAAAAUACGUAGAUGUCCUACAGCUAGAGAUGCAUUAAAUAUGGCACGUAAAUAUCAACAAUAUGUAGAUCCAAGUUGGCAAUCAAUAAAUGUUCAAGUAAUGGAAUGGGUUGUAAAGAAUAAAUUCGAACAGCAUCCCAUACUUGCAAAACGUUUAUUGGGGACAGGAGAUCAAAUUUUGGUGGAACACACUGAACUUGAUAGAUUCUGGGGUGAUGGUGGGGAUGGAUCAGGAAGGAAUAAGCUUGGAGAAGUUUUAAUGAAUGUUAGAAAACACCUAAGAGACACUCAAUUACAUCUUACAAAUAAUAACGGAGAAAAGAGUCCAUUGGGAGGGGGUACAGAGGCAAAUUCAAUAUAUUCUAUGUCGAGUCCUGCAACAUCCUCAACAUCAUCACUACCAACAUCCCCCAUGUACGCAGGGAAUGGAAAUAUUCAUCCCGUUAAAAAAGGACAAGGAUCUUCUCAACAAUCACCAAUACCACCAAGUCCGCCACCAUUGCCUCCACGUAGGUCUGAAAGGCGAGAUUUGCAUAAAUUUCAAGAAGAAAAAGAAGGUCAAAUUCAACAACAGAUUCAUCAACAGCACCAACAACAACAACAACAACAGAUUGUUCAACAAUUACAAAUUCAACAACAGAUUCAACAAAUGCAGCAACAACAAGAAGUUCAUUUAACUCAUCAAUAUUUUCAGCAAAUGCAACCUCAACAAAAUGUUUAUAUACCAACAGAUAAUGGACCAACUUAUUAUGCAUCUGCUCCUCCACCAUAUAGUGAACACGACAAUAUGUAAAUAUUCGACUCAAAUUUCAAUUUAUAUAUUACCUAUAUUAUUUAAUUAGAUAGUUCAUAUUAUUAGUUUAUCAUACAACAUUAAGGUAAAUUGGGUAAUUGGUACAUGUUAUUACAUGUACGAAAACUUUAUUAUUUAUACAAAUAGUACAAAAACAUAAUAAGUUAUUAUUUGACUAAACUUAUCACUACUAAUUUCAUUCAACAAAAA